AGAAAGAACGGGGGUGGGGGAAGGAAGGAAAGCACGCGUCGCCAGGAUCCAGCUGUUUUCUAACAUACCUAAUCCUACGGAAGCUAGGAAGAUAUUGGAAGCAAGGAAGAUAUCGGAAGCGAGGGCAUCCCUCAAAUUCGAGAGGGCGGAUGCCUAUGGCUAGAGAGACUCCCUGGCCCUCUUUAACAGAGCGACUGGGAGGGGACAAAAUGGAGUUGAGGUUUAGGGGCAUCCUAAAGGUCGUUUGGAGGUCUAGCAAGCACUUCAUGGUCUCCUCUGGAAAGGGCCGUGGCAAAACCUACUACCCCGAUCAGGAAGAUGACUUCUAGCCCUCGGGAUGCGGUGAGCGGCAGGAAGAGGCAGGCUGGGGUUCCGAGAACCCCAGACUCCAUCACAGGAGGUUACUGUAACCUAGGGAAUCUUCCCGGCCCCAGCGGAGGCGAGCGGAUAGAUAGCCCUAGCUCAAGAAAAAAAGCGAGCCGAUUCCAGCAGCUGGAAUGCCCACCCAACCUCCUCCCGGCUCAGGUGAGGUACGCCAGUCCCCACCCUGGAGAUGGGGCCCUGGUACCGACAGGGCAAGGGUGCCGGGGCCGCAGCCUCCCCAGCCAGGGAUACUCACCGGAGGGGCGGCCCACCGCGUCUUCGCAGCCGGCUGGCGCCUGGCACUCGGGAAGCUCGCAAAAAGGAACCGCGUGCCCGCUAGCGCUGGGACGAGGAGGAGCGCGCCGUGGAGGCCAGAGAAAAAGCCGCAGCGGCGCGCGCGCACCCGGACAGCCGGCGGAGGCGGGGCUCAGCGCGAUCCCGGAAAAGACGCGCCCGGAGGGGCGGGCGGAGCGGGGGCGCGCGGUGGUGUGGCAGAGCCAGCCGAAUCGCUGGCUGCAGACGGCUCGGCCCACCCACGCGCCCGCCCCCGCUCGCCCGGGACGUCAGCCGAAAAGGCGGAGCCGAACGGGCUUCCCGGGGAGAGGGAGGGGUGCUGCGGGGAAGGCGAGGCGGCUAACGGCUCGCCUCAAGUUGUUGUUCCCGCUGGCGAGCCGCUUCUGUCAGGCUCGCUGCUGGUGUCGUUGAGUGUGUUUCCGAAUGUCCUUGCGCCUAAUAGCAGUGAGGCGCAGGGGUGGCCCACGCCCUCACCUGCGGCUUGCUUCGCAGGACUCCACCCCAGGAUAAAAGUUCCCCUCGGGUCAUCUUCCAGCUGCCCUCAAAAGACACUCGUUUUUGUAUUUCACUGCUCCAAGUUUAGAGAGCUAUCUUAAACACUCUGACUAAAAACAUCUUGCUCCUGUAAGCCUGA